AUGGCGAAGGCAGAAGGCAGGAAUCAAACGCCCAUCGUGGAACGGAUCCUCUUAGGAUUCGGGAACGACCCUGAACUGCAGCCCCUCCUCUUCUUGGUGUUCUUAGUGAUCUACAUUGUGGCUGUGGUUGGGAACCUCCUCAUCAUUGUGCUAGCGGUGGUCAAUCGGCACCUUCACACCCCUAUGUACUUCAUCGUGGCCAACUUGUCCGCUGUGGAGACCUGCUACGUUUCCAUCACCCUGCCCAGACUGAUAGGCAGUCUCGCAACUGGGGACAGAACCAUUUCUCUUCACAACUGCAUUGUGCAAUUCUAUGUGUAUAUUAUCCUGUCCAAUGCAGAAUGCAUGCUGCUCACGGCCAUGUGUUACGAUCGGUAUCUAGCGAUAUGUCAUCCCCUCAGUUACCCUGCUCUGAUGAACGGCCGGAUACAAAUUAUGGAGAAGGCAGAAGGCAGGAAUCAAACACCCGUCGUGGAACUGAUCCUCUUAGGAUUCGGGAACCGCCCUGAACUGCAGCCCCUCCUCUUCCUGCUGUUUCUAGCGAUCUAUAUUGUGGCUACAGCUGGGAAUCUCCUCAUCGUUGUGCUGGUGGUGGCUGAUCCGCACCUUCACACCCCCAUGUACUACUUCGUGGCCAACUUGUCCGCUGUAGAGAUCUGCUACAUCUCCACCACCCUGCCCAGGCUGAUUGGCAGUCUGGCGACCGGCGACAGAACCAUUUCUCUUCACAAUUGCUUUGUGCAAUUCUAUUUCUAUAUUAUCCUCUCCAAUGCAGAAUCUCUGCUGCUCACGGCCAUGUGUUACGAUCGGUACCUAGCGAUCUGCCACCCCCUCCGUUACCCUGCUCUGAUGACCGGCCAGGCAGUAGAUGAUGGGGUUGAUCAUGGGAUUCAGGACCGUGUAAAAGACAGAAAAUAA